UUGGAGUUGGCACCCGGCUGCAGGCAACAGACUUCAAAAAGGCUUCAAAUGGGGGCCCGAGAACACCGCGGCCCUCAUGGAGAAGGAAGCCCACCAACAUCACUUUCCCAGUUCACAGCGGGGUGCAUCGCAGCUCUCCGCCGAGCGCUCCCUUACCAUGUGGGUCUUAGGGGUGUUUUAACAAUGUUUAGCUCUAUUUUCACCGCUUAGCAUACGCCUCUUGUCACAUUUGGAUGGCUCCUUCAUAUAUUGAUGGUGUGAUUCCUGCAAUUUCGGGACAGGCCUGAAUGACAAAAUAUGCAACACAACAUUCGAUACCGAGGUGGCUGGCACUGGACAGGCUCUUGGUGUAAAUGUUUACAACCCCCCGCUGAGCUCAGUGCUGCCGGGAGUCACUCUCCUCAGGCUGAAUGAGGAUGUCACGUUGCCAUGUGCGCCUCUCUUGCUAUGGCGCCGCCAUUAGAAGUGGAACCUUUGAAUGGCUGUCAAACUUCUCUCUGCAAACACUCGGUGACCUCUUCUGAGCGCCGUCCAGUUUUAAAUUGGCUCUUGGAAGACAGAAAGUAGAGGAAGUUGAUUUGCAUUGCAGGCACUAUUUGCAUGAAUAAAAUAAUAUCUACAAAAUGUAUACCAACUUUCAAAAUGGGUUUAGUACUAACAAAAUGGUUUACAUAAAACAAACUAUAUGAAUAUUAAAUACACAUAUGUACUCAACAACCAGUAAAACACAUCCAUAUUUGAUUAGAAAAUGUAUAAGUAAGUUAUUAAAUAUUUGACUGUAAAAAAAUACAUAAAAAUGGAUGAUUAUACUACAUGACAUAUUUGUAUACAAGAAUAAACACUACCUUAAUUUCCUGGCCACAGCAUUAGAGACAUUGCACCGCCCUCUCAUAAAUAAUGAUUAAAAAAAUAGCCCUACAAUAAAGAAAUCAAAUUUACAUUUUUUAUGAACGUAUCACAAUGUGUUCCAUUACACGCGCACGCGCGCGGCCACGCGUGUGUAAACCACAGCUAGCUAGUUUAAUAAACAUGUACGUUUGUUUCGUGAUUUCGCUCAUUGCCUUCAUAAACAGCCUCACUUUUCUGCCAUCAUAACUAGUUUGUCAACUAGUUACUGCGAAAGCCGUUUUACUGCCGUGUUGCAGGCAGUUUCCAGGCAAUUAAGAGAAAUGCUGUUCUCUGAAUGGGACACUUUUGAAUCAUCUUGAUAAAACAAUGAAAGGAGCGGACAAAGCGAUUGUGACAAAGUCCUUUGGAAAACGGGAAAGCAGCUCUCUAAGGUCCAGGACCAUGGAGAAGCCGGAUGAGCCGUCCGAGGAGAGCAAGGAGGAGAAGCCAUCCAAGAGCACCUGCGAGGACCGUCAAGUUGGCAAGAAAGCAGCAGAUGAAAGGGAUGAAGUGCAUGAUCAGCUCCUGAGAGAGAAGUGUGCAAGCAUCCAUAAGGCCAAACAGUGUGAAUCUGGCAGCUUUUCCAACAGACCGCUCUCGGAACAACAAUCCAAGAUGGAGUCUGAAGGCGAGGAACAGACUUUAAAUACAUGCAGCACAGGGCUCGUUCAUCAAGACUUCAUUACCGAGACUAACAGCCCAUAUGGGUCCUUGGUGAGGAAACGUAGCGCUCAGGAAGGGGUGCAGGGCGCCCCCAUCAACAAGAGGAAGUCCCUGCUGAUGAAGCCCCGCCACUACAGCCCCAGCGAGGCCUGCAAGGAGGAGAGCGAGGACCUGGCAGCACUGCGGGACAAAGACGAGGCGAGGAACACUGACACUCCAGCAGAUUCAAACUUAAGUCCAUUCAAUGGUGUGGCUGACAUAAAUGAACGCUACGACGCAACAACGUUAAAGUCCAACGAUUCGCUGCGGUGGUCGGAGGUCACGCCUGAAGGCUCGCCGCAGUGUGAGGUCAGCACCCCUGAAGCCCACAUGGAUGAAGAUGACGAGUUCCUCAAUAAUGAAGCAGAAGACCAAAGUCAAGACAGGCUGAGCGGCACGUUGUCCCCUCAGAGCUCCGUUACAGACAAGAGGGAGCUGGAAUGGGCCUUUUCUGCCGAGAUGAACGAUUGCAGUCCCUCCAGAACUCCUGAAGACUCAUCACUCAGGAAUGGCCAUGUGAAGGAGGAGCCUCACCCGGAGCUGGAAGGUCCCAUGGUCAGAGGAGGCCUUUUUCAGGCCGAGGCGCUCAGAUACAGGCUGUAUCCAGCGGCGGAGGAGGAGAAUGACGGCGAGGCCGAGGCCGAGAGACCUCCCAGGCUGGAGGGCUGGGCGCUAGACCUCCACCAAAGAGGCCUGGAUCCGGGCCACGGCACGGUGAACCUGAGCCUGUUGGAGCAGGCCAUCGCUCUGCAGACAGAGCAGAGGCAGGCCCUGCAUCACGCCUACAGGGAGAUGGACCGCUUCCUCAUGGAGCAGAUGACCAAUGAGAGGAGACACCACAGGAUGAUGGACAUGGACAACAGGAUCAGCUACCAUGCAGCCAAAGACUCUCUGCGGACAGACAAGCGGGACAUCAAGUGUCCCAAUCCGGGCUGCGACGGCACCGGUCAUGUGACUGGCUUGUACCCCCACCACAGGAGUUUGUCUGGGUGUCCCCACAAAGUCAGAGUGCCGCCAGAGAUCCUGGCCAUGCACGAGAACGUCCUCAAGUGUCCCACCCCCGGAUGCACGGGACGAGGCCACGUCAAUAGCAAUCGCAGCACCCACCGGAGUCUGUCGGGCUGCCCCAUCGCCGCUGCGGUGAAAAUCUCCAAACCUCAGGACGAGAUCCUGAAAAGCAGACAAACGCCCUAUCGCUCACCGAGAGCCAUGGGGCUGGGGAAGAAAUUCGACGUGAGCCAGCUGAACUACCGCCUCGCUCACCCGGCGGCCGCCCUGCAGAGCGGCCUGACAAAGGACAUGGACAAGUACAGCAGGAUCCGCUUUGAUUACGCCAGCUUUGAUGCGCAGGUCUUUGGGAAGCAGCCUCUGAACGGGAGCGGCCACGAGCAGGAAGUGGCUCUCUAUCCUGAAUCACCCCAGCAUUAUCCUGGCUUCCUCGCCGCUCCAGGUGGCCACUUGCCCACCUCUGGUCAGCGCAGCCCACCUAGUCAUUUAAAAAAAAAAGACUGCCUUCAAGCCGCCGCUGCAACCGCAACCGCAACCGCAACCGCAACCGCAACCGCCGCCAUCCUUAACCUCUCCACUCGCUACCGGGAGAGUGACGAGUGUGUGGCCGACCGGCCCUUGGCAACCUCUACUAAGGACAUAAACAUAGAGGUGGAUGAAAACGGCACCCUGGACCUGAGUAUGAAGAAAAAUAAGGAAAACUCAAAAGCUCAAACAAAGACACCUUCGAACGAAACGCCGCCGUCUGCAGAGUUUGCGGUGGCCAAAGGGGGCAGCAUGCUGAUCGGCCCCACCUUCUACCAUCCACUGUGUGAGAGGGACAGCUGGGACAGCCCCGUCCACGUCAACUUCAGCAAAGCGCACGUUUUACACGACAAUGAGCAGGAAGAUUUCGAUCAUGUCAACAUGGAGGGUGAUCAAGGCGAGGCGGGCAUGAUGAGCUCCAAGGCUAAGAUGUUGCUACGAGAUUCAAAGAAGGAGCUUUUGAGCUGUCCGACCCCGGGCUGUGACGGCAGCGGCCACGUGACGGGGAAUUAUGCAUCGCAUCGGAGUGUGUCUGGAUGUCCGCUGGCUGACAAGACCCUUAAAUCACUGAUGGCAGCCAACUCUCAGGAACUAAAGUGCCCAACACCUGGUUGUGAUGGAUCGGGACAUGUGACUGGGAACUACGCGUCGCACAGAAGCCUGUCAGGAUGUCCACGUGCCAGAAAAGGAGGCUGGAAGCUCACCCCAAGCAAGGAGGACAAAGAUGAGCAAGAGCUUAAGUGUCCUGUGUUUUUCUGCGAGGGGCAGGGACACAUAUCAGAGAAAUACACAUCCCACCGCAGUGAGGCCAGUUGCCCGUUGGCCGCCAAAAAACAGAAGGAGUCGUUCGUCAACGGGCUGCCUUUUGCUUGGAAGAACAACAAGCAGGAGCUGCCUCACUGUCCUCUGCCCGGAUGCAACGGCCUCGGACACGCCAACAAUGUGUUUGCCACGCACAGAAGCUUGUCAGGAUGUCCGCUGAAUGCACAAAGUAUUAAGAAAAAGCACUCGGAAGAGGAGAUGAUGACCAUCAAACUGAAAGCCAGCAGCGGUAUUGAAAACAAAGAAGAGAGUCUGGAGCAAGACAUCAAGGAACUGAACGAGUCCAACAUCAAGAUAGAAGCAGACAUGAUGCACCUGCAAACACAGCAGAUCUCGUCCAUGGAAUGUAACCUGAAGACAAUUGAGGAGGAGAACAAGAUCAUGGAGCGGCACAACGACGGCCUUCUGAAGGAACUCGCUCGCCUUAGCCAAGCCCUCAUUAGCAGCCUCACCGACAUCCAGCUGCCUCAGAUGGGUCCCAUCAGCGAGCACAAUUUCGAAGCCUACGUGAACACACUGACUGAUAUGUAUAACAACUCGGAGCACGAGUACUCGCCUGAGUGCAAGGUCCUCCUGGAUAAUAUCAAAAAGGCCAUCAAGGGCAUCCAUGUUUGAUUUUAGGCAUCCACUGUAGCUCCGUUUCCCCCCGAGGAGUGCAGCUCAAAGCACGUGGAAGACUACAUUUUAAGACACGUUUGUAUUGAUCCUGGUGAGAAUUACACUCCUCCUGCACUUAAUUAUCAUUUGUUUGCUUGAUUUGAAUCUUUCUGUGUUCAUGUCAUUCCUCCAUGACGGCUAUUUAUUAAUGCUAUAUUUGUCCAUCACUGUAUUUAUUAUUAUUUCAUCCAUUUAUAUUUAUUUCUAAAGUUGUAAAUGAUUGAUAAGUCAAAAAAAUGAAUAAAUUGUUUUUUAUUCUGCACAAGCACAUUCCAAUUUUAUAACGGCGCACUUUUGCCAUCUAGUGUCGACAAACGUGUAUAGCGGUUAGCUGGCCCUUAAAAGUAAAACUACACCAAAACUUUUUUUUUUUUAAUAAAAAAAAAAGCUUUUCUAUUAUUUAUUGGAAUCUGAAUGUAUGCUAUAUUCUUUUAAAAAGUAUAUUCCUAAUGCAAUUCCACUGUAAUGUUUUAUUUGUUUAUUUUCGUUGAAACAACAACAGCAAAAAUGCAACAAAUCCACUUUUUUCCAAAUAUAGUUAUUAAACUGCCUUCUGUGCGCGCGCACACACACACACACACACACACACACACACAAUCACACACACACACACACGCACUCAGACGUGGUGUGCAUGUCGUAUGUGCCUAAAUGUAUAUGAAUCCAUAAGGAAAAAAAUAACAGUACUGUUUUGUUUGUGGUAGAACAAUAUUAUGUGGAUGGUGUCUCAUUUCUAUACACAAUAUACAGUACAAUUAUUUUCAUAUAUAGGAGCUCGUGUUCUUAAAGACAUUUUUUUUUUUUUUUUUUACUCUCGGUAGCUCAUCAGACUGCAAAUAAUUGUAAUGUAUUGUUGUUGCAAGCAUUGUGAGGUUAAAAAAGGGAAGGGAGUUCAAAUAAACACACAGCUGGACUCCUGUUUAUUUUUAAAGUGCUUAAAAAGCCUUAAAAACAUGUUUCACGUAUUUAACAUUUUGACUUUUGUAUCACACAAGUCGGAUUUAAAUAUUAAAAUAAAAUGAAAUUAGAAACAGAAAAAAAGGUAGCUAAAAAUCAAAGAUCUUAUUGAUGAUUUACAUGUUUGCACUUUUGUUUCAUCCCACUGCUCUUGUUAUAAACACAAUUUAUAAUCUUCCCUAAUUUAUUUCCCACGUGUUGCCAAGCAUAAAUAGUUCAAAGUUGACAGCAAGAGCCAAAUUAUUCCAGCCUUUUAUCCAUGACAUUUUUCAAUCUUAUCCUAAUUAUUUUAAAUGUAAUAUUUUAUUUAUAGUUUCUUAUAUUUAUUCCUACCACACAGACACACAAACACACACACAUUUGCUCAGGAAGCUCUGUGAAUAAUAUAGAUUUUUUUUGCCCCCGUUAGUAUUUGAUGUUUUGUAAUGUGAAACGCUUCUUUUUGUGUACCAAUAUUAUUAGUAUGAAAAUAUGAGAUUGUAUUGUAUUUUACUCUUUUUUUAUUUAUUUUAUUGUUAAUUAUUAUUUCACAUUAUGACGUAACGCUUUGGAUUUUCAGUUGAAGUGUUUGUACAUUCAAAACUUCCUAUUUACUUUUACGAUUUCCUAAUAAAUCAAAUAAAUCAAGAUAUGCGCUGUGUUGUACAGUUUGUGUAUGGUAGAAAUAAACUUUUCAA